CCUUACGUUCAGCAACAGACCACUGCAGCACUCUGGUCGACCUGCCGCUCUCAUUGCAGCACUAAUCGCCGCGCCGUUCCCGCCGUUAUUUAUCAAAAAUACUUUUUUCAAUCCAUUUCUGGUGAUCAUUUAAGAUCAAAUAUCGGAGAUAGUUUUGAUGGGAUUGUAAUCGGAAACCAACGCGGCGGGUAAAGACAGCGGCGUGGGAUUCAACCAUCAUGGCUAACGUCGGGAAUCAGCAGCAGGCCAUUAACAAGACUGCGCCUGGGAAACAUGGGAACGUAUUGCCCCUAUGGGGUAACGAAAAGACCAUGAACCUCAACCCCAUGAUUCUAACUAAUGUUCUGUCUUCGCCGUAUUUCAAAGUUCAACUGUAUGAACUUAAAACAUACCAUGAAGUCGUUGACGAAAUCUACUUUAAGGUGAAUCACGUCGAACCAUGGGAAAAAGGAAGCAGGAAGACCGCGGGUCAAACUGGAAUGUGCGGAGGGGUGCGUGGAGUAGGAACCGGUGGUAUUGUGUCCACAGCGUUCUGUCUGCUGUACAAAUUAUUUACGCUCAAAAUGACUCGCAAACAGGUGAUGGGUCUGAUAACUCACACAGACUCUCCCUACAUCAGAGCACUUGGAUUCAUGUACAUACGAUACACUCAACCGCCUCCCGACCUGGUGGACUGGUAUGAUGGCUUCCUGGAUGAUGAGGAGGAGCUCGACGUCAAGGCCGGGGGAGGCUGCAUGAUGUCGGUGGGAGAGAUGCUGCGCUCCUUCCUCACCAAGCUGGAGUGGUUCUCCACCCUCUUCCCCCGCAUCCCGGUGCCUGUGCAGAAGAUGAUUGACCAGCAGAUGAAGGCUCGGCCGCGGAAGAUUGUGGCGAAGGAGCCCGAGGCGGAGGCGGAGGCGGUGCCCGCCGAACCAGCCAGGAGCCCCCGGAGGACCCCCACCCCACGGCGGUCCCCAAAGCCGUCUCGGUCGCCCAGCCGCCACGGCGAACGGGAGCGUCACGGACCCAGCUUCGACCGCGAGCUCGAGAGGGAACGAGACCGCCAGAGGAAAGAGAAGGAGGGCAGGGGAGAUAGAGACAGGGAACGAGGAGGAGGAGGAGGAGGAGGGGGGGUUGGAGGUGGCAGUGGCGGGGAGCGACGCAGGUCCCGCAGCGACGACCGUAACCGCGAGCGGAGGAGGAGCCCCAGCGGUAGCCGGGAGAAGAGGGGCGAGCGGAGAGACAAGGAGAGGGACGGGGGUGCGGUGGAGAACGACAGGAGCAAGAGGAAGGACAGGGAGCACCACAAAGACCGGAGUGGAGACGGGGAGAGGUCGAGGGACAAGAAGAGCCGAGGCGAGCCAGAUGAUCGGCGGCACAAGGAGGAGAGGGACAGGCACCGGGAGGAAAGGAAGGCCAAGCGCGCCACCAGGAGCAGAAGCAGGGAGAAGCGGCACAAGAGCAGCCGGACGGAGGGCGGGGGGGAGGAGAAGAGCAGGAAGAGGGAGCACAGCCGGGAGAGGGAGCCGCGCUCCCACAAGCAGAGCGGCAGCAAGGAGAAGAGCCAUCGUCACAAAGAGUCCAGCAACAACCACGGUAAACACGGGGACCGUAGAAGGAGCCACAGCAACGACAAGAUGUCCUCUUAAAGCAAUAUCUCAAUUCAAGUCCUUUUUUUUGUUCUUGAUUGUUCUAGUCUUUAAACUCUGCCCCACAGAAGAAUUGUUGGCAGAGAGAGACAUGAAAGGGCCUCAUUGGGUCUAUCUGUUGUAUUGGUUUAUCUUAAUUUUCUGCCUUUUUUUUCACUUUUAGAACACUGUUAGUCUGAUAUUUGAAAAGUAAUUUUAAUUUUCUAUGAAGUUUCUCCUGACAUUCUAUGGCAUUGUACAUAAUGGGUCUGAGAAAGUUUUGUCCCGUAGAGCCCCCCCAAAGAAGGGGAUUCGUACCACAUGCUUACCCCUGAUUUAUGCUGUUGGGGUAAUUGCUCUGUUGCAUUUUGUUUUCUAAUAAAAUACUUUUACUGAAUGUCUGCUUUGCCUUUAUAAAAUGAACAAUUGAAUAUAGAAACACACGCAGCGUUUUUGUUUUGCUUUUUUAAUAUACUUCUGAGAAAAUGGCCAUAUCUUAAAUAUUGUUAAAAAUGUGAAACACUGAUACAAUUCUAUUACAAAAUGUACAUGGUUAACUUAGCAAAAUAAAGUUAGAAUAUUUAUUUUCCUCUUGCCCAAGAGUCCUUAAUAGAAAUGAUUCAAAAACAAUUACUGUGGCUGAGGAGCUCAGACCCCGUGGAGGAAAAGGUUCAUCACUUCCUGUUGGCUACAUUAGUGAUUCUGUAGUAGGCCUAUAAAAUCAUCGAGUACUGGAUGGAGUAGUUUUGAGUGGAUAAUGCAGCAUGUGAGACAUCAUUUAGGAAUAUGCCAUGGUUAUAUAUUGUUUAAUUUCUGUGUAGACUAUCCACACACGUACCCAUAAAAGGGGCCGGGUUUGUAGUGGUUAAAAUGAUAGACCCCAAGUCGAAAGGUUUGGGUUGAACCCAAAUGUCUGCAGUCUACCUGUAGGCAUCCUUGGCCAAGAUGCCUAUCCGCUACUCGCUCCGUAGUCAAUGUGCUUCUCUGGAUAAAGUGUUUGUGAAAUUAUCUGAUCGAUUAUAUGGCAGGUUAAAAGUACACCUAGAUUAUAUUCUCUUGACUGGGAAUCACAGAUUUAUAAACUACAGCUAUACAAUCACAGUGAUUACUGUUCUGCUAUACAUUUAGCAGCAAAGCCAACAACAUCUUCAGUGAGAGGAAUUGCUCCCACAACAGAGGCCCUCUGCCCAGCCGGUGGUUCUAUGCUGUUUGAACACACUGGGGCUUCGAGUAAGACCCUACAGUGCUGGAGCUCUCUGCCCGCACUGACAGGCAGUAGGUGGAGUCUGGGCUGAGGUCAGUCAGCAUGG